AUGGCACCCUUAAGCGCUAUGGCCUUUGCACCAGUUGGACGUUUAGAAUGCAUUUCUACAAGGGAUCUCAAGGAAGACGUUUACAUGCAGCAGCCUCCCGAAUUUGUUAAUCCGAAUCUCCCUCAUCACGUUUUUAAGGACCUUGGGCCCUUACAAUACUUCUUGGGUAUCGAGGUCUCUAGAAAUCCUUCAAGUCUUUACUUGUCUCAGUCCAAAUACAUUUCUGACCUACUUUUUCGAUCCAACAUGCAUCAAUCAAAACCCAUCUCAAUUCCCUUAUCUGCCUCCAUUAAACUCACUGCACUUGAUGGACACUCCUUUAAGGAUCCUCAAUUUUACCGUAGUAUCAUUGGUCGUUUUCAAUACCUAGCGGUUACUCAGCCAGAUAUUUCAUUUGCAGUAAACAAAGUGUGCCAGUUUAUGCAUUAUCCAAGGCUGCCUCAUUGGCAUGCUGUCAAAAGAAUCCUUUGA